GCAGAGAGGGGUGGAGGGGCACUGAGUGGAGGCCAGUGGAGUGGAUUGGCAGAGAGGGGAUGGAGGACAAUGAAUGGAGGCCAGUGAGGGAUGGCAGGAGGGGUGGAGAGGCCAGUGGAGUGGAUUGGCAGAGAGGGAUGGAGGACAAUGAAUGGAGGCCAGUGGAGGGAUUGGCAGAGAGGGGUGGAGGACACUGAGUGGAGGCCAGUGGAGGGAUUGGCAGAGAGGGGUGGAGGACAAUGAAUGGAGGCCAGUGGAGGGAUUGUCAGAGAGGGGUGGAGGAAGUGGAGGGGUGGCAGAGAGGGGUGGAGGACACUGAGUGGAGGCCAGUGGAGGGAUUGGCAGAGAGGGGUGGAGGGCACUGAGUGGAGGCCAGUGGUGGGAUUGGCAGAGAGGGGUGGACUGGAAGGGGGUGAAAGUGUCCGGACUGGAAGGGGUGAAAGUGUCCGGACAGGAAGGGGGGAAGUGUCCGGACUGGAAGGGGGGGAAGUGUCCGGACUGGAAGGGGGGGGGGGGAAGUGUCCGGACUGGAAGGGGGGAAAGUGUCCGGACUGGAAGGGGGGGAAAGUGUCCGGACUGGAAGGGGGGGGGGUAAGUGUCCGGACUGGAAGGGGGGGAAAGUGUCCGGAC